UGUGUGUGUGUGUGUAUUGCACAUAACGGAUAUAUAAGAAUAUAAUUUGCAUAUUGUUAAUUUGCUUGAUUACAAUUAGACCAUUGACAUUUUGUGUUGGUUUAAACAAGUCAAAUUCAGCAGCCUCUCCUUAUAAGAAGAGAUCAAGAAGUAGCUACUACAAUUCACAUCAGAAAGAGAAGUUAGAGAGAGAGAGAGAUCUAGAGAGAGAGAUGGAGGGUGCUUUGAGAAAAUCUGGUCAUGGAGAUGUAGCAGCUGCAGAGGAAGAGAAGAGAGUGGAAUCCAAUAUUGGUGAUGAAGAAAGCUGCAAAGAUGACAAUAUUGUUCUUAAGGUGCCUUCAAGUAUAACAAAGAGAAAAAGAUCAUCAGCAGAACCCAACUCAAGAACUUCCUCAUCAGCCCAAGAGGAUCAGGAUGGACAGGUUGAAUCUACGAAAGCCGAAAUGGGCGAGGUGAGAGAAGAAAACCUAAGACUGAGGAUGCACCUGGAUCAAAUUAUGAAGGACUACAAGAACCUUCAGAUGCAAUUCUAUGGCAUUGUUCAGCAAGAAGCUAAAAGCUCCACAAAUACAGCUAAUAGUACUCACCAAGAAACCGAAGAGCGCAAACUUGUUUCCCUAACUCUUGGAAGAACUUCAAGUGAUGCAGAUGAGAAGGAUGAAAAAUACAGAAUUAAUCCUAGCAAAGGUAAAGGAGUUGAUCAAAAAUAUAAAGAAGGAUUAGCUCUCCGACUCAUGGACUCCAAAUUUGAAGUGUCUAAAAUGGGAUCAAUAGUGCCUUCACUGAUUAAUCCAAGUCCUGAGAAUAGCUUAGAAGAAGUGAAGGAAGAAGCCAAGGACAUUUGGCCACCACAGAAAAUUCUUAAGACAAUGAGAAGUGCUGUAGAUGAUGAUGUUUCACAACAGAACCCUGUGAAGAGAGCUAGGGUUUCUGUGAGAGCUCGGUGCGAUACUCCAACGAUGAACGACGGAUGCCAAUGGAGAAAAUAUGGACAGAAGACUUCAAAAGGAAAUCCAUGCCCUAGAGCAUACUAUCGUUGCACUGUUUCGCCAUCCUGCCCUGUGAGAAAGCAGGUGCAAAGAUUUGCUGAGGACAUGACCAUCUUGAUAACUACCUAUGAAGGAACACACAACCAUCCACUUUCUAUGUCAGCCACCGCCAUGGCCUCCACCACUUCAGCAGCUGCAUCCAUGCUUAUGUCCGGCUCAUCAAGCUCCGCGCCAGGCUCUAAUCCAUCAGCUGGCAUUGACCUUCAUGGAAUGAACUUCUAUCUCUCUGAUAAUUCAAAGCAAUUCUACCUACCCAACUCUUCAAUCUCAUCUACACCUUCAUACCCAACAAUCACACUUGACCUCACUUCAACCUCUUCCACUUCAUCCUCAUCUCAUCUCAGUAGAAUACCUCCAAGCUUCCCUCCAAAAUAUUCUUCCACAAAUCUCAACUUCACUUCUUUGGAAUCCAACCCUCCACCGGUAUCUUGGAGCAAUGCGGUUCAAAACUAUGGAAACACUACUCAACCCUACAACAAGAACCAAUUUGGUGUCCUAAACUUUGCAGGACAAACUCUAACAAAUUCUUAUCAGCCCUACACACAGAGGAGUACAAACCCUAAUUCUCAACAGUCUCUACCACCAGAUACUAUUGCAGCUGCAACUAAGGCAAUCACAUCAGACCCGAGUUUCCAAUCUGCUUUAGCAGUCGCGCUGAAAUCAAUCAUUAAUGGUGUUGAUAGAGGCAGUGGAGAUAUAUUUGGUCAGAAUUUGAAGCUGAGUGAGGCCUUUCCGGCUGUGGCCAACUUGCCGCCAGCCACGGAGGCUGCAAAUAAAUGCUCUUUAAGCUACUUGAACAUAUUGCCUUCCGCGACGAAAUCUCAACCAGGAAGCUUGGCUUUUCUGCAACCCUCAUUGCCAUUUUCUACCUCUAAGAGCAAGUCUGCUUCUCCCGGGGACGAUAGAGACCAUAUUGUCAUAUGAUUGAUUUUUUUUUUUUUUUGUUUGCAUGCUUGAUUUUAUGGAUUAGUUUUUAUCAAUUUUUUCUUGGAUAAUUGUUGUAUAAUGAAGAAAAUGUGAAUGGAUUUUGUAAACUUUUUCAUC